CUGGUUUCCGGAAGUUGGCCGUCACAGCAGCAGCGUCGGGGGCCGCGGGGACCGUGACGCAUUGCUCCCGCGAAUCCGCUCAGAAAGAAGAAAAUUGCAGCCUGGUCCAGCUCAGUCAGUAGCCAGGAACGGGCGCAGUCACACCAGAAGCUUAAAUUUGAUUAGUAUUGUGUUGAGUUAUGUUGGUUGUGUCGAUGGCUGAGUCAACAGCCAAGCUUUCUUGAGUCUCGGGGAGGAUCGCUGGAUCGCUUGGUUUUUCUGCUUCCCUUUUCCCUUUCCCUUUCCCUCUCUUUCAUUACUUCAUCUUAACUUCGGAACAUCGGAAGCAAUCCGAGCUCAAUGAUGUCAAUGACCAACAGCAAAUCUCCAUCAUGCAAUAAAAUUUGCAGGUAUCAUUUAGCAGGAUGAAAAUCAGUCGCAACAGCAAUACCCGAACAAGCUUAAGUCCAAUCCUGCAGCAACAACGACGAUGACGCCCACGCCUCUUUCCGCUGCGAUCAGCUCCUCCGUUCGUCAGUCCUACCGCCUUCUCCGACCGGCCGUCAUCCUUACCCGCGUCAGCAGCAGCAGCAGCAGCAGCAGCAGCAAUGCCAGCUUAAAUCUCCACUAUGCUACCCCCUCAGAUGCCUCCCAGCUGACCGACGUAUUCCUCAAUUCCUUCUCCGAUGCCUUCAACCGGCGCUUAUUCCCCCUAACCGACGAUGUGCGCACCUGGUGGUUCGAGGCAUUCACCCGCGACCUGGAGGAGACCGGGAAACCCGCAUCCGGCAGCACAAUCCUCACAAUCGUGGACGAAAGCCAGAAGGAUCCGGUGAUUGCAGCCUUUGCCAAGUGGAAGCUGUACUCCGGCGAGCAACAGCAACCCCAGCCACCACAGCUGGACGAGCAGGGUCUCGCGCAAAGAUGGCCCCCAAGCGCCGAUCAGAAAUUGUGUGAGGGAUUUUUCGGGAAGAUGGACCAGGAGAAGUGGGAGGUCAUGGGGGCCAAGAAGUAUUACUAUCUCGACAUGCUCGCAACCCACCCCAACUACAAUGGACGAGGACUGGGGUCGCAGCUCUUGCGAUGGGGGCUACACCGGGCGGAUGAAGCUGGGGUGGAUACAUUUUUGGCCUCGACCCCCCAGGGCCGACGGUUGUAUGAGAAGUAUGGAUUUCAAGUGGUGAAGGAGUACGAGGUGGUGGAGGGACAUGUUCAGGCGUCGAUGGUGCGGCCUGUGCGGGAAUGAGCUGGCAAUUUUGGUUGUUAGUUAGUGAGUUAGUAACAUGAUGUGCAUAUAUGUAAGAUAGAUAGAUAGAAGGACUACUGUUUAACUAGUUGACUUGGACCUGCAAGAAAAAGGAGAGAAAAGCCGAAAAUAGGCACGGAUCAUCG